AUUGUGCCCUGAAGUUAGUUGCAAUUGAUUUUUGACAACCCCAUCUGUCAUGUGAAGUUGGCCGUAUUUCGACCUUUUCUUUGUGUCGCUCUUUCUUCUGCGGUCUUUCGAUCCAAGAUGACGAAAGGUACAUCCAGCUUUGGUAAACGCCAUAAUAAGACGCACACUUUGUGCCGUCGUUGCGGUCGCUCCUCCUACCACAUCCAAAAGUCAACUUGCGCUCAAUGCGGUUAUCCCGCUGCUAAGUUGCGUUCCUACAACUGGUCCAUCAAGGCCAAGAGGAGGAAGACCACUGGUACCGGCCGCAUGCGUCACUUGAAGGUUGUCCGUAGACGUUUCCGCAACGGCUUCCGUGAAGGUACCCAAGCCAAACCCAAGAAGGCCACCCAAGCUAAAUAGAUACCAUGUAUCUAAAUAGUUGGUCGAUGUUGUGUGGAUUGACGUCUAAUUUCAACAAAAAAGUCACCUUCGUCUUUUUUUAUUAAAAUAUUUUGUAUGUUUCCAGUUUGUUUACUGGAUAAAGCAACUGUAAAGAUAAUGUGAAUAUGUUUGAGAAAAGAAUAAAAAAACAACUGUUGUGACAACAA